AAGUUCAAAAAUAUCACCUGACCAUUAUGUAUCCAGUGACUUCUCACUGUGCAUUUUCCCCUUCAUGUCAAAACUCACAGGAUUUCCCCUUCCUUCCCCUUUAUUCGGUACAAAUCAGCUACACACACAACCGCACGCCAGCAACACGUCAAAAGCGUUUUUCUCCUGUUUCCACGAGAUUUAGCUUUUUUGUUUGGAUUUUUUUGUUUCUUCGACCGCUUGAUUGGAGUUUGAUUUUAACCAUCGCUGACCGGGAAGAUCUAACGGUCAAACGUGUGAUAAGCGAAAUCUGCACCAGUACUGCACAACCCGCCCACCGGCGGCCGGUUUUCGCAUGGUGCCGAUACGUACAACCCAAACAAAGGAUUCCUUUACGUGCGAACAGCAGCGCCUGUGGGACUGUGGCUGCUGGGAGGAGAGUAAGGGAAAGGACGUGUGCGUCCAUCUGCUGGUAGGAUAACGGUCGGAUCGGCAGAGUGAACACUGACUGACGCGGCAACGCUACGGCGUGCAAGUAAACACAAACGAUAAGGAUUCGGCAAGCGCUACCAGGAAACAUUGUUCGAUGGAAACAAGCAACUACGAGGAGCUUGGAGUGAUUGGCACAGGGGCCUAUGGUACCGUUUACAGGGCACGGGAUCUGAAGAAUUCCGGCACGAUCGUCGCACUGAAGAAGGUCCGUGUUGCGCUGACCGAGGAUGGCGUCCCGAUGUCAACGCUACGGGAAAUUUUUAUGCUCAAACAGCUCGACACAUUCGGGCAUCCGAAUGUUGUAAAACUCCUGGAUGUGUGUCAAGGACAGCGCCUAGAGCGCGAAGGACAGCUGGUACUGUUCCUGGUGUUUGAGCAUCUCGAUCACGACCUGGAUGAGUAUAUAAAGCGUUUGCCUCCGAAAGGCAUGUCACCGAGCACUAUUCAGCGACUGUCCUGUGAAAUGCUUACCGGUAUCGACUUCCUGCACUCACACCGCAUCAUCCACCGCGAUUUGAAGCCACAGAAUCUCCUCAUCUCAAGCGACGGUCACCUAAAGCUGGCCGACUUUGGUCUAGCAAAAACGUACGAUUUUGAGAUGAAGCUAACGACGGUAGUGGUAACGUUGUGGUACCGUGCACCGGAGGUGCUGCUGGGCGAAGCGUACAACAGCUCGGUGGACAUCUGGAGUGCGGGAUGCAUCAUUGCGGAAAUGUUCCAGCGGCAAGCCUUAUUCCCCGGGACGGCCGAAGGCAAUCAGCUGGAGAAAAUAUUCGAAUUAACCGGCCGUCCAACGGAAGCUCAAUGGCCGAAAGGGAUCUCGAUCGUGCGGGAAAACUUUCGCUCCACAAGGCGACGGGAACCGCGCGAAUUUUGCCCGAAGCUGUGCGAUAAUGCGAACGAUCUCCUUAAAAGCAUGCUCGCCUUUAACCGGCAUGAACGUCCGUCCGCGCGACAGUGCCUUAAUCAUGCCUACUUCACACAGGAACCGAUGCCGACGUAAAAAAAAUAAUGCACACGGAACGAAACGGAAACAAAGCAAACGGAAACUGGAAACGAAAGCAGUCACAAAAAUGUCAUGCGCGAGGGAGAGAAGAGUAAGAAUAAGGUAAGGAUAAUUGUAGUGAAGCAGAAAAAAGAAACGAUCCGACAGAAAGAUCACAACUUCAGCCCGUAAGCAUUCAUACCUACCUAUCUAGAACUAGCGACUAGAGUAACCGACUGCCAACGAAAUUUGAUACUGCUGCACGAGAUCUUAUGAUAUAAUAUUUGGUAUUUCCCCUGCUACAACGUCACAGCCAUGAAUUUUUCUAAUUGUUUUGUUUUUGCCCGAUAUUUUUAGUAUGUAAGAUGUAAAAAAAAGAAGCAAGACACAAGCUAAAACCGUAUCACACAGCCCACUCUCGCGGACUGGUUAGUAGCAAGGUUUUGUUCUUUUGUGUUCGAUUUCCAACUGAAAACAAAAAACACCCGAUGGAUUUCAAAUAUUAGCUUACCUUGUACUAUUGUUUAAAUUGUGUUUCAAUACAUUACGCGUAGAGUGUAAGAACGUAUACAAAAAAGUGAAUUUUAUCAGUUAGUUUAAUAAAACUCAAAUGCAAACUUUAAA